GCAGAGCACCCGCUACACCGCCACUUUCCGUCCGUCUGCCCGCCCGCCAACCCGUCUGUGACCGUUUCUGGAGGCCGAGGCCGCAGGCUGAGACACAGGGAGAGAAGCCCGCACCGGCCUGACGGCAAUUAAUGGAUACCUGGAAGUUGGUGUGCAUAUAUAUUCGGAAAUGUUUUGCCACUUGAGACCUUUAAGGAGGUUCUGCCUAGAGAAGACACUCCCUCACUGGUUUCACUACUCACGGGCUUUGUCGGGAGCCGAAGCAGUCAAUGCCUUGCGCCCUUUCUACUUUGCAGUCCAUCCUGAUUUCUUUGGACAGCACCCCAGAGAAAGGGAAGUCAAUGAAAACUCACUUAAGAGACUAAGUGUCUACUUAGAAAACCUCCAGAAACCAGGCUUCAAGUCUCUGAAACCAACCCAGCUUACAUUUUAUGUAAGAGAAACAGACCAGAACUCUGAUGGCCAAGAACCCCUCACUACUUCUGGAUUUCGAGCAGUCAAAUUUACUUUGCACACCAGAGAUCUGCUAAGCACAGUGUUAUAUAUUCUCAACUCCUGCAGUUUGUCUAUUGACCAUAUCCAAAGCUUGAACACUAAUGCACAUUCCCAGCCUCUCAAAGAAUCUACAAGGAUGCCUGAUAGGCCCAUCAAGUGGGACAAGUCCUACUACUCCUUCACUGGAUUCAAAGACCCUGAGGAAGACCUUGAGCAAGCCUCCAGAAUGGAAACAAGUCUAACGUCCUGGUUAGAUAACAAUGGGAAAAGUGCUGUUACCAAGCUGAAUAACAGUUUGCCACUUCGGAAGGAGCUGGAUCGUCUCAAGGACGAGCUGUCAGAUCUACUGCAGCUCUCAGACAUCAGGUGGCAGAGGGGCUGGGGCAUCGCCCACCGUUGCAGCCAGCUACACAGCCUGGGCCGCCUAGCCCAGCAGAAUCUGGAACCACUUCAGAAUGCAAAAGGAUGUACCAUCAUAUUCACAGACCGCUCUGGUAUGAGUGCAGUGGGCCAUGUAAUGCUGGGAACCACAGAUGUCCACCAUCACUGGAUGAAACUUUUUGAAAGAUUGCCAAGUUACUUUGACCUUCAGAGGAAACAAACAGCUUUGGAAGACCAAAUCAGCUCUCUCCUGGGUGGCAUACAAGUUGUGUACAUCGAAGAGUUACAGCCAGUAUUAACACUGGAGGAAUACUAUUCUCUUCUCAAUGUGUUCUAUAAUCAGCUAUUAAAAAAUAGGGUCCCUUUUCACCCACAAAGUCUCCGUGGCUUACAAAUGAUCCUCAACAGUGACAGAUAUGCUCCAAGCUUGCAUGAACUUGGACAUUUCAAUAUCCCAGUCCUCUGUGACCCAGCAAGCCUCCGGUGGUUUAUGAGAACCAAAGCCCAUCAGGCCCGAGAGAACCUGAAAAGAAAGGAAGAGUUAAAAGUUAUUGAAAAUGAACUGAUACAAGCUUCCACAAAGAAAUUUUCUCUGGCAAAGUUGUACAAGGAGCCCAGCAUUUCUAGUAAGCAGAUGGUGGAUUGUUGUAAGAGACUUCUGGAGCAAUCACUGCCUUACCUACAUGGGAUGCACCUCUGUGUGUCACGUUUCUACUCUGUCAUGCAAGAUGGAGACCUCUGUAUUCCGUGGAACUGGAAGAAUGGAGAAGCCAUGAAGUAACAGAAAUCUAUUUAAAAAGAUAAACUGUUAGGCCUAUUUAAAGUAAUAAUUUCAUAUAGCAGUAUCAUUUACCUACUACGACAACAAAGUUUCUAACUGCUGCUUUAAAGAAGGUUUUUUUUUUUUUUAACAUGAGUUUCUGCUAAGAAACUUGUUUUUAAAAGGUUUUAUCUCCCUAGUCUUACAGUGCUGAUUGGCAAGACUGGGUAAAGAGAUGCUCAAAGAAAGAACUUAUUUUAGUGAUAUUUAAGGAUUCUGUAAGAGUCAUAUAUUUUUAUAUGAGUGAAUGAGUGUUGGUUUGGAACUAGAAAGUUUGUGUGAAGUGCAAGCUUCAGUAUAACUCUGAAGUACUUGAACUCAUGGCUAUAUAUCACACAGUUCAACGUGCAUCUUUAUCACACAUAUACACAUAUAUAUACAUACAAAAUCUUGUAGACAGUAAUAUACAGUUGAUGCCCAAAAUGGAUAAUUGAUGGGUAGCAAAAGUUAGAUCACCAAAUUUUACCCAAGAACAAGAAAAUAGAAGGCAAAAGGGCAAUUGAAUAUAUGGUAUUACCAUUGCCCUAAGUUGUUUGAUGCCAUCUUAAAACCAGUGUCAGAGAAUUCAAACCCAUAAGCCCAUCAUUUCUUUUACCCAUUAAGAUAGUGUAAUUGUUGGGGCUGGGAAUAUACCUCACUGGUAGAGCAUAUGCUUAGCAUGCACAAGACCCUAGGAUCUAUCCCCAGCACCAAGAAAAUAAGAUACAACAUUGUAACUGUUAGUUUGAUGAGGUUCUCACACAUGAUCUAGAGGAAAAAAAAACCUUGCCUGCUUUCCACAGCUCUAGAAAAUAAAGUAUAAAAUGGUUUCAGGCUAUUAAAGGGUUCUGAACCCCUUUCAAUCCCUCCACCUCUUUUUCCUGAGUUUGAGACUUUUUAGCUCUGUCCAGGUAAGACUCUGAGUCACCUUUCAUUAUUAGAAAUAGUUUCAACUCUGGUGAUGUCUAUGUCCACAGCAGAGUGAGAGACCUGUCUCUAGACCCCAAGUAUUUCAGUCUGCAGAUUCUCCUCAAGUCCUUAACCACAACCCAGACCUCAGUUCAUGUGUCGGUUAGAAAGGGGAAGCCCUGUCUAAGACAUCAUUGAAUGGCUUCCCCUGCCUUGGGAAUCAGAAUAGGUCUUACCCCUGUAGUGCACUACAGUGUAAAGGGGAGUCUAACAUUGGUUUUGAGUUUUUAUAAAAUAUCAGUUAUUGAACAGUUUAGAUGCAGUUGUGUAUUCAACUUCCCAUGGCUUGUGCAUAUGAUCUCUUUUGACCUGUGCCUGACAACUACCUUGAGCUCUGUUUCCUAAGGUGGCCAGCCUUGCUGCUGUACGUGCUCUCCAAAGCCAUGCAAUGCAGAGAGGUGGGAAGUGCAUUUGUGUGAUGCCGUUUCUAACACCAACAAGCAAUCUUCAGUGUUACAUGUCAAGUUGUGUCUUGUCUCAGAACCGUUACAUAAUAAACACUACCUAUCUCAAUCUCA